GCCCGGCCAUUUCUGCUGAUUCAGCUGCAUUGCCCAGCAACCCUUCAGGAGCCAGACCUGCCCAGCCCAUCGGUCCUCAGAGUGGUACCCUCCAGCUGAGCAGCACACCAAGUCCUGGGCACCAGGACUGUGGCAGCCCAGGAGAAGAGAUGAGGCCCCAGAAGAUGAAUGCUUCUGGGGAUCUGGCCUCCUUUUCUUCUUUGUACCGGCCCAACUCCAAACCCUCAGGGGCUGACCUGCUGGAAAGGAACCUGAUUGAGAUCCAGACCCUGCGCCAGCGCCUGGAGGAGUCAGUCUGCAUGAAUGACCGCCUAAAGGAGAGGUUGGAGCAUGAGCUGAGCAAUGCUGAGCAAGGAAAGGGUGCUGCAUCGUCAGCCCUGGAUGUUUCACCUGCCAGCCCUCAUCCAUGUACACAGAGUCAUUCUCCCGGCUCUGGUCAAAGCUGCCUGUGACAUGCUGCCUGGAGAGUAUAGAAGAAUCUUCUCCAGAAGUUUUCCAGCCCUACUUAACAGCAUUCUUGAGUAUAGACUUGGAGGCCUCAGAUAUUGCCUUUAAAUGAAUGGAUCAAAUUAAUAAAUUAUCAUUUAAUAUAA